UAAAAUUUUCUAGUGUUGUUUUUAAAUCGCUAGUGCUUUGUUCGUUAAAAUAAAACAGUAUGUCUAUACUAUUAGCAGACAUUGACGCAACUUGCUCAUUACUCGGUUGGCAUGAUGGGAACAAAUAUUACAUAGAACAGGAUGUUCAACAAGGUUUAAAACAUCUAGUUUGGAUUCUUAAACGUGAUGGAGCAGAUCACGAGUACAGGCGGUACAUCGGGCAAAAGAAAGUAAUGCAAACUGAUUUGAUUCCAAUGCUGAAGGGUCAUUUCGAGAACGCAGAUGUCGCAGAUGUGUUGUUGCGUCUGAUUGUGAAUCUAACAUAUCCACCGUUUCUCUUGUAUAAUGGAAAAUAUCCUAAACAAGCUGUAGACAGACGUAAGCUUCUGCAUUUAAUAGAAAUUUGUCAAGGCUAUAAAGAAGCCUUUGCCGUUCAGCAGGCCUGGACAGCGGUAGCUGAUCGUUUACAGAAGAUCCUGAAUAUCGAUUGGUCGGAACGCGUUGAAGAACAAGAGCUUAUAAUUGAGCGUAUUCUAACGUUGACUCGGAACGUUCUACGAGUUCCAUCUAAUAUCGAGAAAGAGAAACGCUCCGAUAAUGAUGCUAGCUUGCACGACCAGGUUUUGUGGGCUUUGCAUCAAUCCGGCAUACUGGAUUUGAUUCUUUAUAUCCUUGGGUCUGAGCACGAACAUCAGUAUCAUUUACAUGCCUUGGAAAUCAUAUCUUUAGUUUACCGCGAACAAUCGGCUACUAAUUUGGCCGAUGCAUUACUGCAUCGUAGCUUAGCCGAAAAACAGCGUGAUGAGCAAGAAUUAAUUACGGCUAGAAAAGAUGAAAAGGCUAAACACCAAAUUAAAGUACCAGCGGUUCGACACUCGCGGUUCGGUGGUAUUUACGUGAUGCAAAACUUGAAAUCGGGUGCAGACAACGAAAUAAUUUGCCAUCAAUCGCUGCAUAAGGUAUUGGAGAUGAAAUUCGAUUUAGACAAGAAACCGAACAAAAAGUCUUUCCGGCACGUACAAGAAACGGGUUCAGUUGAGCGGAAAAGUGCAUUUUCGGUCCGGUUGUUUCUCCGUGAGUAUUGUGUUGAGAUUUUGCGUUCUUCCUUCAACACUGCAGUACGACAACUGAGAAGAAUCCUAGAGCACAAUGCCGGCAAAGAAGCGGGUGGUGGACACGAUGAUUCAUAUCUACUGUGGGCGAUACGUUUUUUUAUGGAAUUUAAUAGGGAAUGUGGUUUUCAACUAGAACUUGUUAGCGAGUCAUUGAGUGUACGAUGCUUCCACUGGAUUAUAACUCGCAUAGAGCACUACAUCGACAUGAUGGCAUCGGACAAAACUCGCGUCCGCCUGUGGGCACGUCGUCUGCACAUUGCUGUAGAGGCUUACCGUGAGAUGUUGCAAAGUUUGCAAGCACUGCAGAAGCUCCCGGACGCAAAAGCUAAAGAUUUGUUCCUGAUGCUGCAAAACAACGUUUUCUACGUGCUCGAGUAUCGCGAAAUGAUCCUACAUUUGCUCAUUGGUUACAGUGAAACUAACAAUACACGAGCUUACUUAUGCAAUGUAAUCGAGACAGCCCACAUGUUCUUAAAAAUGUUACAGAAAUAUUGUCAAGGGACUGUGCGUGUUCAGAGUAAGAAACGCGUUCAGAGUAAGAAACGCGUGAAGCCGAAAAGAAAUAAAGCUAAUACAGCCGUAAGACAAAACGAACCGGAGCUUGAUGCGGAUGCUCUAGAGGAGAUGUGGCUAACAAUGGCUAGCGAAAUUUCGACUUGUCUAGUUAAUCAGAUUACAUUGCCUGAGGAAGAUCAUCCCAUUCCAUUUGACGCAGCCUCGGAUGUAUCCAUAGAUGAUCAAAAGGGUGACUGUAUGAUAAGGAUUCAUUCAUUGCUGCGUGAUGGAAAAUACGAACAUGCUAUUCUUUUAAUGCGAUCCGGCAGGGAAGUUUGGCCUGACAAUGAUUGUUUCGGAUCGGUGUUAUCCGCGCCAGAAGAUGAGCUGAUGGUCCUGAAGGAAAUUUUCUUAGCAAAUCUUCCACGCGUAACAGAAAAGGAACUUCCCACCCAACUCGAUUCUAUCGAUGGAUAUGCCGCGUCGAACGAAAAUCAUGAAGAAGAAGACGAUGAAGAAGAAGACAAUCAAAUGACGGAAACUGAUUUUAAGUUUGAAGACUUUGCAAGCAGAUUACUGAACCCAAAAGUUGUGCGGUCCUGUACCAUAGCACUGAUGGACUGGGACCGAAUUAAUACAUCAACGCUAAAAGCUGCGGUUACGAUUCUUCACAGGAUUGCUGUUGAUUGCAAAAUGCCAACAAUGCUCUUUCAGGCGUCGCUGUUCCGCAUAUUUCAGCGCGUGUUUCACGCCCCCAAGGAUGCUCACAAUGCUGAACUACGACGGCUUGGCGUUUAUAUCGUUCGACAGUUUACCACUCUGGCUCCCAGUAAUCCUAAAAUCUACGCUGAGCUGCUGUUCUACAAAUCGAUUAAGGAAGCGAAUGCUAUCGAAAUGGGAUACGAGGAUAUCUACGGCGAUAGUCUCGGCGGUGGCGGAUUGAAGGGAGCAUGGAGCGAAGAGCAAGAAGAAGAACUCCGACGGUUGUUCAUGGAGAAUCAAGCAAACCCAGCCACCGAUCAAGACGUUAUUGAUUGGAUAUUAGAUAACCUCAUCGAUAAGUCUCGCACACGUCGUGGCGUAAUCAAGAAACUUAAAGAACUGGGACUCAUAUUCAAAGCGCCUACUAAAAAAAGUAAUGCUGCGACUUUCAACAAAAACCUGUGGGCCCAAGAGCAGGACGAUCAACUGCGACUAUUAUACGACGAGAAUCGGCUGAAUGAAAACGUACUCUCCAUAAUUGUCGGUAAAUUUGAUGGCCUGCGAUCGAAACAGUCUAUCGUUAAGCGAAUGAUUGAGAUUGGUCUCAUCGCGGAUAAGUCCGAAGUAAAGCCUCCGCGAAAAACUGGAUCAAAAAAGACCAACAGGAAAGAUGAAUCAAGUGGAGAUGAUUCAGAAUCCGACCUGGACAGCUAUCAGGUAGAUUCUUCAAAAUCUAAAACGGUAAAGACGAAAAGCAAGUCCAUCGUUCCAAGAACAACUUCAUUCAACAAUAAACAUGUUCGUGCUGUUUUAAUGGAAUUGGAAGGCUCUUUCAAAGAAGCUGUCGAAUGGCUUACUGAAUCAUUUUCGGAAGCAUGUGAGGAUUACUUAGAAGAUUCUGAAGACCCCGAUGAUGGAGUGCCACUAGUUCCGAUUAUGCAGUUUCAACGAGAAGCUUUAGAAAAUGCUCAGUUUAAAAAUCUCCUUGCUGAACUAGGACUCAUUCCUCCAAGCGAAAAUGAAGCGUACUGGCGCAUUCCGGUUGCCAUGAAUCUAGCCGAGCUCCAAUUGCGCGUGAAACUGCUCAAUGGUGAAUAUCAGCAAAACGAGAUAGGGGAGGACGAGGUGGAUUUGAAUGGAGAACAACCACCACCCAAAAACACGGAUGAGGAUGUGGAUGGGGAAGAGCAGGAACUGUCUGAAGAUAUCUUUAGCGCGUGGCGAAAAAAGACAAACAUACUAUACAGCAAGAGCGACGUAAAUGUUGAACCACUGAAGAAGAAAACCAACAAAGUAUCACCAGAAAAGUCAAAAGAGGAAAAGAAAAAUAGAAAAACUAGUAGACAAACUAGCAAAAAGAAUAAUAAAACAAAAUCUGACCCUGUUGACUUGGCGAAACAGAGUGAUGUCGAAAACGAGAUUGAACCUCUCGAAUUGAAUAAUGACGAAAAGGAAAAUCUUGAUGAUUUUCCCCAUCAUCGCUCGCUACUGGUUUCAGACGAUGAAAUCGAUGAUGGCCCUCUAUUGCAAAAGCCAGAUAAAAAGACAAAAUCGAGAGUGACUACACUGUUGGAUUCAGACACGGAAUCAGACAGUGAGCAGGUGCGGCUAUUAGUCUCGGAUGACGAUACCAACGAUGGAGAGGAACGUAUUUACGAUGGAGGUUGUGGAGCGGUCGCUGCAAUCUACAAACGUUUACGAUCGGACGACUCAGAUUUAUCGGACGGUAAUGAUGACACCCAAAAAAAGCCUAAGCAACGACGCCGUGUUGUUAUAAGCGACGAUGAGGAAAAUUAGAAACAU